AUGUUGAAUGUUAAAGAUCUGGACCUCUCCCUCUGGACCCAUCUCUCUGGACCUCUCACUCUGGACCCCUCCCCCCUGGACCUCUCACUCUGGACCCCUCCCUCUGGAUCUCUCACUCUGGACCCCUCCCUCUGGACCUCUCACUCUGGACCCCUCCCUCUGGACCUCUCACUCUGGACCCCUCCCUCUGGACCUCUCACUCUGGACCCCUCCCUCUGGACCUCUCACUCUGGACCCCUCCCUCUGGACCUCUCACUCUGCACCUUCUCUCUGGACCCCUCCCCUCUGGACCCCUCACCUCUGGACCUCUCCCCUCUGGACCCUCCCCCCUGUUUGUUGUACAGAGCGUCCCAGCCCUGGUUUGGAUAA